AUGGCUGACUUACCCAACGGCCUCAUCGCUUUCGGACCUGAAGCCAACUGCACACUCGAUCUUUGUCCGAUAGAAUGGAGUAUUCUUCGUUACCAGCCUUCUGUUCCCGCUAGUGGCACCUUCAUUGGGUUCUUCUCUUUAGCCUUGGCUUUACACGCCCUUCUGGGGUUCAAGUGGAAAACUUGGGGGUUCACAGCAAGCAUGAUCAGUGGCUGUGUUUUGGAAAUCGUUGGCUACGUUGGGAGACUCUUCAUUCACGAUAACCCAUUUGACUUUAAUGGGUUUCUCAUGCAAAUCAUUUGCAUUACAAUAGCUCCGGUCUUCUUCUCUGCCGCCAUUUAUGUGACACUUUCUCAGACCAUCAACUUCCUCGAUCGAUCGAUUUCCCGAUUUCCACCUCGCCUCUACUACUGGACAUUCAUCCCGAUAGACAUUGUCUCCUUGAUUCUCCAGGCUGUAGGAGGCGCGAUGUCCUCCGUCAGCACGACGAAGGAGGCUGCGGACCGAGGCGUCAAAAUUUCACUCGCUGGACUUGUGUUACAAGUCGUCUCGCUUGCGGCGUUCUGCGGACUUUUUGGAGACUACAUGAUCGCUUAUAAUCGAUCGAAAGCUCGUCCUCCGAUGAGCAGGAGACUCGUGGUCUUCCUAACUUUCCUGAGCCUUGGUACCAUGUUUGUACUGCUGCGUUGUGUCUAUCGAAUCGUGGAGCUGCAUGAGGGCUACUUCAGUCACUGGUUCCGAGACGAAACACUGUUUAUCGCGUUAGAGUCAGCCGUUAUGGUUCUAGCCGUUUUUUCUUUGUUAGUCGGACACCCGGGACUUGUAUUCAAUAAGAAGGAGAGAGAAAGACUUGACGCAAGCAAUGCGCUCAAUCCAGAGUCAAGCGAGGGCGGUGGUAGUAAUGAUAAACCCGAGAACAAUGCGGUCACAGAUGGGAGCGAUACUUCAGUCAAAGAUCCGGCGCCAGCAGCAGCUAGAGAGAACCUUGAGUAG